AUGUCGGGGGCCAACUCCAUCCCAGAGCCGCCUCUGAUCAUCCCCUUCCUCCCUGACGGCCAGGCAGCCGGUGCCCUCCCAACGUCACCUGUCCGCGUCGCAGCAUGGUCCACGGCAAGCAAGUCUGGCUCCACCAAGCGCCUAGCACUCGCCGGUGCUGACAACACCGUGUGGAUCAUCUCCUCGGAAGUCGGAGCACCUUCCCUCCUCGUCCCACCGGACCUCUCACUUUCUGAUGCGCUCACCCCCGGCUCGCGACCGAUGACGCCGCGCUCAUCGUCCACGUCGUCGGGGGGAACGGUUCAGAAGCGACCUCGUGCCCUGUCUUCAACCUCCUCCGUUCUUACCGCCACCUCUCUCCGUCGCGUCCUCUCCCCAACAGGCUCAACCGCUGCCGUGAUUCCCACAUCACAAGUAUCCGCGGCCGUUGCCACUCCAUCACGCCCCGACGGGCACACUCACCGUGCAUCUGCGUCCAUUGCCGGACGCAGCGAGCUCAUCCAACAGCUUAGAGAACAGGCGGAGUUGCCCACUGACGAGUACUCUGGGCUUAGCUUGGGUCUAUCAGGCAUCGCUAGGCGGAGCAUCUCCGGUUUGUCACCCAAGGAGGAACAGGACGGCGCCGUGACGCCCAAAUCUAUCAGCUCCGAGUCGUCAGGCAGGAUCGCAAGCAUCGCGGGCUCCUUCACCCGGACCGCGGAGGACGAGUGCGCGCAACGCGAGGCCAAAUCCAAGAUUCAGGAGAUGGAGGUCGACCGUGCAAUGGCGCUCAACGAAGCUGAGGACGCACGUGAGGUCGAGGAGGCGCGACAGUUGAAGGCUGCCGAGCCUCGCAUGACCGCCGCGACAGCUCACGCGACCCCACGGCUGGAGCCCAAGGCCAAGGAGGAACCGGUGCGUAUUGUCCUGCCCGAGCCCGGGCGCGGCAGCAUUGUCGAUCUCGCUGUCCUCGAGGAGGUUAACGAGCUCGUUGUGUUGCGCGAUGUCGGCCUCCUUGACGUGAUUACGCUAUCCACCCUCCAGCUGAUAACUCAUGUGAGCCUUGAUCACGCUGCACCUCCCACUGCCACUGGGGACGCGAAUCGCACGCCGCGCCUUGCGCCGUCGUGGCUCUGGCGGAGUGUGCACCUCGCCGCGCGGGAAGAGGGUGCGUUGCUCGUCGCGAGCGGCGAGCCGUGGCCGUCUCCGUGGCCGUCCCCUAACGGCGACGUCACGCGUGUCGCCAUGCUUGCGAUACCUUCGCAUGCGUGUGUCGCGAACCUGGAUCUCCCUGGAGUAGGCGAUGUCGGGGUUGCCUCCAACGGCGAGGCGAGUUACCUCCUGCAUUGUACACCGACGUCGGUCAUGUCGUACCGCCUCACGUUCCCCAAUACGCCGCCACCAAGUGGGACGAGUACCCCACACGCUGGCUUGGGAUCAUCACCGUCGGCGACGUCUGCACUGCACAGGUCAGAACCAACCCGGCGGGGCGGGGCGCUGGGUGGCAUCCGCUUCCCGCGCUCGUCUACGUAUGACGGAGCCCAGAGCGGCCUGGCCAAAUUCCUCGCCGCUCGCCGGACAGCCAAGAAGGCAGACCUUAUCGAGAAGCACACACCCGCGGGUGUGGACGAGGGAGUCGAGGUGCAGCGUGACGGCGGUGGACACUGGCGCUCCAUCCGACUGCAUGACAACGGGCAGGGCGUGGGACUGGGCGACGGUCACGUCGAGGCGUUCGAGUUUGACGGGACAAAACUCACAGUGCGCGGGUCGCUGUUCGUCCCGCAUGGAAUUGGCAAGGACGUGGUCUUUACGUCCGGGUGGCACGAUGUGUGUAUCGUCACCGAUUCCGACACAGUGGCAGUGUACUCGAGAGACGGACCGCUCCAGACGUGCCAGCACUGGACGUUGCGCAAGACAUUCAAGGGACACGAGGCGUACCUCUCGGCGGGUGUACUGUACACCGUCACGGACUCGACUGUGUCCAACUACAGCCUGGGCAGCUUGGAGCAUAGAACCGAAGCGAAGCUCGUCGCACCGACCGCUGGUACCCACAUCUGCCCUAAGGGCGCGGAUACGUUAUAUGUGGCUACAAGCGACGGUUCUGUUUCCAAACAGACACCAUCGGAUUACCUCCACGGUGUGCCACCAAAGGAGUCCUCCGAAAGUGACUCAGGCGCGGCAGUCACGUACUCGACCAUCAUCAGCUCUGAACACGCUACGGGUGGUUCUUUCUUCGCUGCUGGCGACGAGGACGGAGGGUUGAGACUAUGGGACGCCGAUACCCUCAGGCUACGCGCGUCAAUGACGUUAUUUGACACGCCAGUCCGCUCUGUCACGUUACUGAAAAUGGAAGAAGCAGAAACGCUGCUUGGCUCGCUCCUGGUCACAUCAACUUGCGGCUCGGUGUCUGUUGUCUGCCUGAAGGAGCUGCAGCAGCUCUUCCUUAUCCCGGCGGCGCGUGCGCCAUUGACGAAAAUCUACAUUGGCGGUGACAAGGUUGGAGGGGACAAGAUCCUGCUGGCGUACGAGAUCCAGAAGGCGCGCGUGUGGAACGUCGAGACUGGCGAGUUCCGGCGCAGCACUGGCCUCGACGCGGCCGACGACAUGCUGAACGAGGGUGACUGGGCGGAAGUGCAGUUCCAGGCGGCUCCACCGCUCGACUCACCCGUAUCCAAGGUCGUCGGGCCACUUCCACGACACUCGGACUUGGGGCGGCUGCUGCAGCUUGACCUGCGUGUUCUGGGGCAAUGGCUUGCGAGCAGGGGUUCCGAGUCGCCUCUCCCCGCUCUGCGCGGCCUCCUCUCCUCCUUCUUGACCUUCGGGAUCAAUCCCGCCAUCGACGAGGUGUGCAUUGACAACCUUGGCAUCACUCCACCCUCCAAACCCAUCGCUGUGGGGUGGGAGGGUCCGCACGCAACCGCGACCGUGGUAUUCACGAGCGCCACGGGUGUGUGGCGCGUGUCACCCACCACGACGUGCCUGCGCCAACUGGCGAUCGUGUCCCUCCUCCGGCCGUUCCUCGACUCGCCCGAACACGAGCAAUGGGCAGCCGACGUUAUUGCCUUCUAUGCCGCAUCAUUACCAGACGACGCACUCGAGGCUGACGCGCAACUGUUCGCUGCGUUCUACUUCGACUCGGCAUUCGAUGUGCACCAGGCUGCACGGAUGUUAUUUGGCGUAAGGCUCAGCCGCAUGUCAAACGAGGAGAUCGAGGCGCUCGUUUCCAAGUGGCAGGAUAAAUUGCCCGCCAACACCGAUCCGUCUGGGCGGCAAUCAAACGCGUCGGCGAGAGCACUCACAAUUUUGGGUGGCAUUGCGUUGCAUCGCUUCGAGAUGCUCAGCCCCGGCGCACUCAAGGCUGUCUCCGAGUCCGUCGCGUAUUAUCUCAACGACCCGGAUCACACGCACGUUGGCCUGGCCAUCGAACUCUGCGCCAGGGCAUUCUCCAUCUUGCAGACCUACGUUGACCCGAUGGACCUGCUGCGCCGCCUGUUCUUCCUCUCGACGCACAAUGAGAUCGGGCCGAACAUGGCAGCACAGGCACGACUCGCGGUCCUGUACGUUGCGUCGUCCAACGCGCCGCUCUUCAUGAGUACGCUCUCGAUGGACAUCCUGGACGCGAAGACCAUCGAGGGACGGAUGAGCAUCAUGAAGCUCUGCGUCUUCAUGGCGCGUAAGAGGCCCGCCCUUCUCGAGAACGGCCUCCCGCGCAUCGCCGAGAGCGUGGUCAAGUCACUCGACCCAAACAUCGGCAAGAUGCGCGAUGACGUGUGGGAAGCGGCGACUGUGAUUUUAAACGAACUGGUACAGGCGUUCACGACGAUUGACUUCCAUGCGGGCACCCAGAAACUCGUGGUGGGCACAAACGAGGGUGCUGUGAUCAUGUACGACCUCAAGACCGCCUCGCGAUUGUACGUCCUGGAACCACACAAGCGGAGCGUGAGCGGUGUGAGCUUCUCACCCGACGGCCGCCGCCUCGUCACAGUGUCUUUGGACGAGUGCGACAGCACGGUGUGGAAGAUUGGCUCGAGCAUCAGCGGGUUCUUCAACGUCGGAGGGCCCCCUAGACAGGGCGGCCGGGCGGGUCAGCCCUAUCGCCGCUUCUCCAUUUUCCGGGCCGGAUCAACACCAAUGGAGGACACGGGCGCGCUGAGCGACGUGCGGAUCGAGUGGCCUGCGCCGCGAACCGCACGGAUCAGCAUCAAAGAGACGGCGCUGACGUACGAGACAACUUAA